AUGGAGACUAUAAGGAGACUCAGUAUUCAUUUAAACAAGUAUUUGGCACUCAUACCACCCAAAAGGAGCUCUUUGAUGUUGUGGCUAAUCCCUUGGUAGAUGACCUCAUUCACGGCAAAAAUGGUUUUUAAAUCUAAUGAUAGGAAUAGUAUGGAUAUACAGUGUGAAGUUGAUGCUUUAUUAGAACGGCAGAAAAGAGAAGCCACGCCCAAUCCAAAGACCCCCUCUAGCAAACGACAAGUAGAUCCAGAGUUUGCAGAUAUGAUAAAUGUACAAGAAUUUUGCAAAGCAGAAGAGGUUGAUGAAGAUAGUGUCUACGGUGUAUUUGUCUCUUAUAUUGAAAUAUAUAAUAAUUACAUAUAUGACCUAUUGGAAGAGGUGCCGUUUGAUCCCAUAAAGCCUAAACCUCCACAAUCUAAGUUGCUUCGCGAAGAUAAGAACCAUAACAUGUAUGUUGCAGGAUGUACAGAAGUAGAAGUGAAAUCUACUGAGGAGGCUUUUGAAGUUUUCUGGAGAGGCCAGAAAAAGCGACGAAUUGCUAACACACAUUUGAAUCGUGAGUCCAGCCGUUCCCAUAGCGUGUUCAACAUUAAAUUAGUUCAGGCUCCCUUGGAUGCGGAUGGAGACAAUGUCUUACAGGAAAAAGAACAAAUCACCAUUAGCCAGUUGUCCUUGGUAGAUCUUGCUGGAAGUGAAAGAACUAACCGGACAAAAGCAGAAGGGAACAGGUUACGUGAAGCUGGUAACAUUAAUCAGUCACUAAUGACGCUAAGAACGUGUAUGGAGGUCCUGAGAGAGAAUCAAACGUAUGGAACUAACAAGAUGGUUCCAUAUCGAGAUUCAAAGUUAACCCAUCUGUUCAAGAACUACUUUGAUGGGGAAGGGAAAGUACGUCUGAUCGUGUGUGUGAAUCCAAAGGCUGAAGAUUAUGAAGAAAGCUUGCAAGUCAUGAGAUUUGCAGAAGUGACCCAAGAAGUUGAAGUAGCAAGACCAACAGACAAGGCAAUAAGUGGUUUAACGCCGGGAAGGCGAUACAGAAACCAGGCCCGGGGAGGUCCUGUUGGAGAUGAACUGCUGGUUUCAGAAGUGGUUUUGCAGAGUUUUCCACCUUUGCCAUCCUGCGAAAUUUUGGAUAUCAAUGACGAGCAGACUCUUCCCAGGCUGAUUGAAGCACUAGAGAAACGACAUCACCUACGACAAAUGAUGAUUGAUGAGUUUCACAAACAGUCUAUUACUUUUAAAGCUUUGUUGCAAGAAUUUGACAGUGCUGUUUUAAAUAAAGAAAACUACAUUCAAGGAAAACUAAGUGAAAAACAAAAGGUGAUCUCAGGACAGAAAUCGGAAAUUGAACGACUGGAAAAGAAAAACAAAACUUUAGAAUACAAGGUUGAGAUUUUAGAGAAAACAACGACUAUCUAUGAAGAAGAUAAGCGCAACCUGCAACAGGAGCUGGAAACCCAGAAUCAGAAACUUCAGCAACAGUUCUCUGACAAGCGCAGACUAGAAGCCAGGCUGCAAGGCAUGGUGACAGAAACAACCAUGAAGUGGGAGAAAGAAUGUGAGCGUCGAGUGGCAGCCAAACAGCUGGAGAUGCAAAAUAAACUCUGGGUGAAAGAUGAAAAACUGAAACAACUGAAGGCUAUCGUUAUUGAACCCAAAACUGAACGGCCAGAGAGACCCUCUCGGGAGCGCGAUCGAGAAAAAGCUACUCGAAGAUCUGUUUCUCCAUCACCAGUACCGCCUUCUAGUAACUGUAUUGCUCAGAUUUCCAACGGCCAGCAACUCAUGAGCCAGCCACAGCUACAUAGGUGCUCUAACUCUUGCAGCAGCAUUUCUGUAGCUUCCUGUAUUUCGGAAUGGGAGCAGAAAAUUCCUUCGUACAACACACCUCUCAAUGUUACAUCUAUUGCAAGGCGUAGGCAGCAGGAGCCAGGACAAAGUAAAACUUGUAUCGUGUCAGACAGAAGGCGAGGGAUGUACUGGACUGAAGGCAGGGAGGUGGUUCCUUCACUCAGAAAUGAGAUAGAAAUAGAAGAGGAUCACUGCAGCAGGGGUGAUGUUUAUAAAACAAGGGGUGGUGGACAAUCUGUCCAGUUUACUGAAAUUGAGACUUUGAAACAAGAAUCACCAACUGGUCGAAAACGAAGAUCUUCCACAAUAGCACCUGCCCAACCAGAUGGAACAGAGUCUGAAUGGACCGACGUAGAAACAAGGUGUUCUGUGGCUGUAGAGAUGAGAGCAGGGUCUCAGCUGGGGCCUGGGUAUCAGCACCACGCACAACCCAAGCGCAAGAAGCCAUGAAUUGACAGUCCCAAUAACAAAAGAACAUUUUCAUUAGUGUUGGUGAUUUCUCCAAAGCAAUGCCAGAAGGAGUCUUCUGAAUGAAUCAUCUUAUAGAACUCCAGCUUUGUUGAAUACCACAGAUCUCAGAUAUGUCAUCAUACACUGGCCUACAUAAAGAUUCCCCUAUGGCUCCAAAGAUAUCUAGGAUUCUACAAACUUUUUAUA